UCUCUCUCUCCCUCUCUCUCCGCGUCAAUUGAUUAAUAAAGUGAAGUCUGUGCCUCGUGCUCCGCUUCAGGAUUUUCCCGAGAAAAGUUCUUGCUGAAGCGAGAAAAUCCGAGAAAUUUUUCUGGCGAAACUUGCGCGCAUUUAGAGAAAGCGUGAAUCAAACAGGAAAAGGUCGAAUUUUUUACGACGGAAGAAGCCAGUGUGUGUUUGGAGGCCUAGAAAAUCUCCUCCUCCACACAAACUUUCCCUCAGUUUCCGAUUAACGUAAACCAGCAAAGUUAGUCCAGUGAUUCACCGAAAGUUGGAAACUUUUCCUACGAUAUCCGAGAAAAUUUUCCAUUUCGGAAUGGGAGUGAAAAUCGCCUCCACAACCACUUUCCUUCAAUGGGCUUUGCAGCCCAUCGUCCCUCAUGCUUCCUCCACCGCCGCCAUAUCAUCUCCUCCUUCGAAACGACGCCGUAGCGCCGCACACGACGCUCUCUCCCUGUCUUGUCGCUUCGUUCCUCGGAGGCUGAACCGUUCGUCUUUCUUCGGGACUCAUUCGACGAAGCUCCAACGAUCCAAGUCCUGUGAAUUGUGGGAAUCAUCGAAGAUGACGAGGGCUCGGUCGAUUCCUAGAGCUUGUAGCGCGAGCAUGGAUUCGUUCUCCGACGAGGAGUUUUCGAGGAAGAUUCAAGAACUCGCUCUCAUAUUCCAAGUCCCCGACGGCGAGGAAGACGAAGAGAUUCAUAAACCGAGCAACAACGAUUCAGAACCGGAGAUAAUCCACGAUUCCGUCGACGGUAGAUCAAUGGGUAUCUCAGAGAGUCACAGUUUCAGUGCGGAUUCAGUGGAACCGCCAUGGGAGGAGAUGGUUCACUUCUCGAGCGUCGAGAUGAAAGCAAACAGCGUCGAACUUCCUCUCUCGCUGAGGAUCAUAAAACGGAAGAUUCAGUGGGAAGAAGGAGUGAGACAAGCCGGAGAAUCAGCGUACUGUUCGGUGAAGAAGGCGUUCUCUUCCAUGGUGUUCAUCGUACGCGAACUCCAUAGCUUCACUCUCCACAUGAGAGAGCUCCUCUUCUACGAAGACUUGCAAGGGAUUCUCCAACGUGUUCGCAAGGAAAUGCAUGAGUCGUUUGUGUGGUUAUUCCAACAAGUAUUUUCCCAAACGCCGACUUUGAUGGUCUACGUGAUGAUACUACUCGCCAACUUCACCGUUUACUCCAUAGGCAGCAACGCCGCCAUCGCCGCCGCCGCGUCCCAUCCUCCUCCGACAGCAACCGUGUCCGAACUGAAAACAGUUGCCGUGCCGGUGAACAAGAACAACGCGAGAUUCGAUUCCUCGUCGGUGAAGACAUUCUAUGUAUCGUCCUCGUCAUCCGGCAAAACAACUUCGGUCGACGGCAACAAUGGCGGCGGCGACGGGAAUGUCCGUCCCAUCUGGAGCGGGACAGACGGCGACGGAUGGUACGAAGGGUCGGACCGUUUCAGAACGAUGAUACCCGACGGACCAUCAGAAUUUUCGGACGCGGAGCCGUCGGUGUCAGGACAAGCGAGCAGGGAAGAGGAACUCAGUGUGUGGAAUACGAUCGUGAAGGAAUCGGAACGAAUGCAGGCUUCGACCAGGGACGAGUCGUUGGACCACGACACGAUGAAGCGGUUCGUGUCUCCGGUCGAGGCGCGAAUCGAAGAAGAAGACUACGCGGAUUACUUCAAGACAGAGCUUCUUUACCAAACGGGUCUGUCUCAGGAGCCUAAUAACACUCUCCUCCUCGCCAACUACGCGCAGUUCCUCUACCUCGUCGCUCAUGACUACGACAGGGCAGAGGAGUAUUUCAAGAGAGCGGCGAAGGCGGAGCCAGCGGACGCGGAGGCGCUGAGCAAAUACGCGACGUUCCUGUGGAAGGCUCGGAGCGACAUGUGGGCGGCCGAGGAAACGUUCUUGGAAGCCAUCUCCGCCGAUCCCGCCAACUCGCACUACUCGGCUAACUACGCCCAUUUCCUCUGGAACACCGGCGGCGAUGACACGUGUUUCCCUCUCGAGACCUAAAGCCCUAGUAUAUAUAUCGAUCGUCAUAUGUGAAUGUACGCACACACGUCUGUAUGUAUAUGUAUAUAUAUGUUACUUAUAUAUAUAUAUGCUGUGUGUUGGUGGGUGAGUCUGGUGACGAAUUGUCCUUUUCUUUUCUUUAUUUCCUUUCAUUUAAUUAGUGUAUAUGCCUUUUUUUUAUCUUAUUGGUCUGCACAGGUGGUAGUGGUUACACAGUUACGUGUUUUUUUUUAUUGUCAUGGAAAUCACAUGGCGAUUUUUUUUAUAAACAUGAUUAGAUUACUGUU